AUGUCUGCCUGCGGUUCCCAGUCAGUGGGCAGUCUGCUUUGCAUCUUCCGCCGCCGGCAAAAGGUGGAGUGCAUGCGAGCAGCACUGGCGCGCUGGAAGGCAACGGUGCAGAAAGCAGGCUUGGAGCGCCUGGGCGAGCUCGACUCAGCGUGCGCUGCUCAGUUGCUGGGCACCUCCUUCGAUGCCUGGAGGAGAUGGCAGCAACUCCGCUCCUGUCGAGCAACCCGCCCACAAGCUAGUACCUCUCGAGCUCGGACGAGGAUGGUCUCCAGAAUCUGCGGCCGAGAAGGCUUGAAGAUGAUCAGCCGGGCUUGGCUUCAUCUAGCACGCAGGUCUUCUCGCCUGCUUGCAGUGGCAAAGCGGCAGCUGCGGCUAUUGCAGGCUGGCCGUGCUUUCCAGGCCUGGUACCUUGCCCGGGCCUCGCCUCGCGGAUGUGGGGUGGCUGGCGCCCAGGUCUCUGUGCACAUGGCCAGCGCGGCGACUUUCCAGGCCUGGGCACGCUUUGUGCGCUGCCCCGAUGCGCUGGGGCUGAAAGGCCUAGUCCAGCAUCGGACUGCAGUUCGGCAACGUAUUGUGGGACUACUGGCAGGCAGAAGCUUGUUGAAGCUCGGGGUGUAG